AUGUCGCUAGAUUUUGAUGAUGACAAUAUCAGCAAUCUACGAAGCGCUUUACUUGACUCUGUUUUGAUUUCUUUACCGUUCUUUCUUCUUCUUUUUCUUCUUCUUCUUUUUCUUCUUCUUCUUCUUUUCUUCUUCUUCUUCUUCUUCUUCUUGUUCUUCUUCUUCUUCUCCACCUCCUUCUUCUUCUUCUUCUUCUUUGAAUAUUUAACCGCUAAGAAGGCGACUAAACGCCGUAAACACAGAUGCCAGUCCAGUCUUCUUCAGUCGGGGGCCUUCCUCACUGACCGAUGUGUUCGCCUCCCACUAGGAGGCGGAGACCGACAUCUUUAUUUCUUUCCUUCUUUCUUUCUUUCUCUCUUUUUUUUUUUUUUUUUUUUUCUGUGCGCGUCUCGUCUCAUAAACCAUUUCAAUAUUCCCUGGCUAUUCCCUCCUAAACUAAACUCUUCUCUCUCUCUCUCUCUCUCUCUCUCUCUCUCUCUCUGGGCGUGCGGGUAUGUGCGUGAUACUACUGAGAUUUUGUAUGAAUGCGGGUGUGUACGUUAA